AUUUUAUUUGUUCAUAAUGCUGUCUGCACCCUCAUUCAGGGCCCUCGGUAAGAGAAGAUAUGCCUAGUCAUGCAAGGAAAUUUAUUUUGAGCCACCUUGGACCUCUUUUUCAGACACCACUUCCAACCUAAUUUUUGGAGCAGCUCACAGGAAACUCGAGAUUCAGAUGAUGACAUAAAUUUCUAUUUCUGGAAGUAAAACUGCUACAGAUGGUAUUGGGGAAAGUUAGUAUGAUGGCUGAUGAUGGAUAUGAAAAAGUUUGCAAAAUUAAAUCUUUACUAGCAGAGUGCAUGGUACCACCAAGGGAAUCACAGUUCUUAAAUUUAGAUAGAUAUAUCGAAGAAAACAGUGAGGUAUCAUUUAUUCCUGAUCCCCCUAGCUGGUGCAAUAUAAGCUUUCGUGGCUUUCAGGAAAGAGUGCUCACUUAUAGACCACAACAUUGGGGAGCUGAUCCAAAUGCUGUUCUGUGGUUCUCGAAAUAUGGCUGGCGAUGCACUGAAAAAUUUGUGAUAAAGUGUGAUAUAUGUUCUUCAACAGUUGAAUGUUCUUCAUUGAUCCAGAAACCAGACUUGUGGGGCGAUAUUGCUCAUAAAGCACAUGAUAAUUUGUGCUAUUGGUCAUUUUGUCCCUGUCCGGAUAGAUUUAUACAGAUCAUAACUCAUCCAAAAAUUUUGUGCAAAAAUAUAUGCCACAGCUGGCAAAAAAUUAUUAUGUAUGAAAGUGAGUUACCAAAGAUACAACAAGUUGUGUUAGAUAAAAUGGGCCUGAGCAGAGAUGUUCUGGAGCAUUUGUUUAAAAUCAUUGAAUCAAAUUGUUCUGAAGAAGGAAUAAGUGCACUGGUUUUAGUGAUCUGUGGUUGGCUGAAGAGCUCAGAAGAUAACACUCUAGAAUGUGCAUAUUGUGAGAGGCAUUUAGCCCUGCGUCACUUUUUUAGCAUUGCGGACAGCAGUAAAAUUAAUGACUCUGUACCUGUUCAAGAUGAUGGUCGCCCAGGGGAUGAAGCAACAAAAAUGGACAUCUCAGAAACAAAUGCAGGCAAGAGCUUGUCAUCAGAAACUAAUCGAGAUAAUUCAAUCGCUGACAAUGGAUGUAAAAUUUUGAGUGUUCAUACAUUACAGCCAGUGAAACGAAUCAGAAGGGGUCAGCCUGCAGUUCAUACACGCAUCGCACUUCAUCGGGCACGUGCUCUAUCUUGUGUGACUACACAGAAAUUCCCCUCUUUUUGUAAUAUACUUCUUUUGCGGUAUGGUGUUAAAUUACCCAAACAGAGAGGAUCCCGUAAAAAUAAAAAAUACUUGGGGGGGAAAUAUUCAGGAAGUGACAUAAUUGUGGAAGAUGAGAUAACAACUGAUGGAAAUGAAUCAGCCUGUGAGAAACCUACUCAAGAAUUAUAUUACAUUGACAAAGCUGAUGGGGAAGACUCUGGUCCUCCGAAUGGAAAAAAUGGUAUUAAAAGAAAAUUUCCUGAUGAUGAAGACACUGAAAAUAUUGAAAUAUGUCAAAUUGACAAACAGCAGAAAGUUGCUGCUGAUGUUUCUAAAAUUGAGGAUAAUAAUUCUAGUAUGCAAAAAGUGGAUAUCGAUACAGUGUCUAAUGUGCAAUGUAGUACUGAAGAGUCUGUAAAACCAGAAUCAGAUUCAGAGACGAUUACAAGAAAUUUGACCUCAGAAAAUGCUGACAUAAGUAGAAAUAUGACUGAAAUUAAUCUGCCAGUCAGUGAACAGCUUGUAAGUCCCCAUGAAGUUGAGGGAAAAGAAGCCUCAUCUUCUUCAAAUAGCGUGCAGGAUACCCUUGGCAAUAAAUCUGAUGAUGUGCCUCCUGCCGAGGAAGAAUACAGAGGAGAUAACAAUUUUGAGAAAAAACAGAAUGAAAUUGCAGAAAUAGCUGCCAUUUCUGCCUCUGAGGAAAUUGGUCCAAAUGUUGGAAAACGGCAGCUCAUUUGUGAUGAUGACCAACAAACAGAGGGACCAAACAAGAGAUUGAAAAUUAGUUCAGAGAAUAGUCCACUGAGGAAGAAAAAUCUCAAUCCUGUUGUUGAACAUAGAUUUUGGUGUAUAUGGAGGAUCAAAACAGUUGACAGGCUUCUGGGAUCCCCCAAGGAAGGCUGGAGACAAAUCCUGGAUCUGUUGAAGUUUGGUGUUUCACCACAAAAUACUGAAGCUGAAGAGGAAGCUGGUGACAUGUUUGAAGAAGUGAAGAAAAUACACUACAUGAUGAGUGGUUGGUGAGAGUACACAAAAUGCAAACUUUGGAUAGUUAUGAAAACCAUUCCAACAAUCAUUGUGGAUGGAUCAUAUGGAUGAAUGUUUUGUAUAUGUGAAAAUACAACUGAAAAGCAAUAGACAGUACUCUAUAAGUGAUUAGAUGUGACUUUUCCUACCAGAUUAUCCUGAUGUUGCCAUCCGGAAACAAACUGUGGGGUACAGUAAUAGAUCUCAAAAUACUGACCAGUGCUGUCAGCUACAAAAUUGAUUUUUCUGGUAGUUUAUGUAAAAAUGUGUUGUAUGUCAUUUGUGUAGUAAUAUAUCAUUUUUAUGUCAUAAAUCAUUAAAAAUGCUUAUUUA